CGUGCGCGGGGUGGAGGGGGCAGCGCGAGAGGUGGCGACGAGUGCGCGUGCGCACUGCGGGCUGGGUUGCAGCAGGCAGCGGCGGCGGCGGCGGCGGUUGAGCUCGCGGGCGGCGGUUUCCACAACAUCUGUUCCACCAUGGCCGAUGACCUGGACUUCGAGACCGGCGAUGCGGGCGCCUCCGCCACCUUCCCCAUGCAGUGCUCCGCCCUCCGGAAGAACGGCUUCGUAGUGCUCAAGGGCCGUCCCUGCAAGAUUGUGGAGAUGUCCACUUCCAAGACGGGCAAGCACGGCCACGCCAAAGUGCAUCUCGUCGGCAUAGACAUCUUCACUGGGAAAAAAUAUGAAGAUAUCUGCCCCUCCACUCACAACAUGGACGUGCCCAACAUCAAGAGAAAUGACUUCCAGCUUAUUGGCAUCCAAGAUGGCUACCUUUCUCUGCUCCAGGACAGCGGGGAUGUCCGGGAGGACUUGCGUCUCCCUGAGGGAGACCUGGGCAAGGAGAUCGAACAGAAAUACGACAGUGGAGAAGAAAUACUGAUCACCGUUCUGUCUGCAAUGACCGAGGAAGCUGCUGUCGCCAUCAAAGCCAUGGCUAAAUAAAUGAACCACAGGCAACAGCCGCAGCCACAAGAAAAGCUGUCAUGAAGCAGAGGGGAAUCGCAACCGGCAGACUCUCAAGAUUGGGCUCCAAACCACCCCCCCAAAAAAAUCUUGGUUUCUCUACCCCCCCCCCUUUUCUUUUCUUCCUCCUUUUCUUCUUCUUCUCUUUCCCUUCCUUUGAAACAAAACAGCCCUCCCCCCUCUCGGAUCCUCCCUUUGGAAUUAAAGCGAAAGAAAAACCAAGCUUUUUAAAUUUUAUUUUGUGGUCUUUUUUUUUUAAAGAAAGAGCAAAAAAAAUGGCACCAUCCGAAGCAAGAAAAUAAAAAUAAACCUCUCCCCCAUUCCAAGAGCCUGGAUGCUGAUGUAAUCAUCAUCAUCAUCAUAAUUAUUAUUUUUGACUCCCCCUUUUUUUGGACUCCCUCCCUCUGGCCUGCUUUCUCUCUCCCCCCCCCCCCUUCCUCCUCCUCCUCUUCGGGCGCUGGUCACACUACAACUUAUUUCUUUUUUUUCCUCCUGGCAAAGAGAAGUUGAGAAAAAUUUGCACUUAAAAAGGAAAAAAAAGGGGGGGAAUAUUUAAAAUUGCUAGAAGGAAGGAAGAGGGGAGGGGGGAGAAGAAAACCACCCUGCGAGAGACGGACUCUUCGGUUCUCUCCCUUUUUCUCUCCCUCUCUCCCUCGGCGUUUUCAUCCUCCUCUUGCGGAGAAUUUGGGGAGGGGGUGCGAGAAGCUGCCCCCUUUCUUCCUCCCCCCCUGAAGCCCCCCCCAGCCUAGGAAGACACCCGGCGGCGCCCUACCUCCCCCCAUCCUGUCCCGUUUCUAUUGAGGGUGGGUUGGGGGCUGUUUGGUUUUUAUUUCGGUGUCCCCCCCCCCCCAAAUCUGCUGGGUGGUCGCAGAGGUUCGGGUCACUUCAUGCUGGGAGGUUAUCUACGAAUAUUUUUUGGGGGGGGGUGUCCCCCGCUCUGGUUGCUGAGCUUGGCUUAAACCCUACUCUUCCUCCUCCUCCUCCUCGCUGGAGCCCCCUUUUGUCUGCAACCUUGGGGCAGGAAGACCCCCCCUGGGCCGGGAAUGACGGGGACCUGCCCCCUGCGGAGUAUAGGGGCGGGGUUAUACUCUGGUCCCUGUCAAUCAUGUUUGAUUUCCUUUCCUCGCCCCCCCUCUCCCUCCCGUGCUUGUAACUGCCUCCGAGCCCCUCCCUCGUUUGUGGGAGUUAGCAUCACCCCCCCCCCAAACCCUACUCUACAAGCCCCCUCGUGCUGGGUAACUCGCCAUCCCAAGAGGCUGUUUUUCAGGUGAGGGGAUAUUAUUAUUUUUUGUGGGGGGGGGCGAGGAGGGGGGUUUAAACCAACUAGCACUCUCCUGUGCCCCCCCCCCAAGACUGUCUCCUUGGUUCAUAUUUACUCUCCUCUGCUGUUCACAGGUCGAGCUGUGCCCCCCCCCCUCCCUCUCGCCCUGUUAAUCCAACCCAUUUGUUAAUCAACCUCAAUAAAACACAAGUUUAAUAUGAAAA